GCUGCAGCUGGAAGCUGGAGAGGCCGGAGCCCCCCAGUCCGCUCGCGCACCUGGAGCGGCACGGUCACGUGACGAGACGAGCCGGCCCGUACGAGACUCCAGAGGCGAUCGCACGGCAAAGGGGGCGCGCGAGUGUCGAGUCGCAGAACAGUGCCCGCCCACCGCCGCCGCUUCUUGCGUGUGAAGGGGAAAUUAAGAGAACGCUCGUGUGGGAGUCAUCGCCGUCGCACCCUUGGGAUACCACCGUCAACACCAGCCGGCCCAGACCAGGCGGCCGUCCAGCAGCCACCAUGAGGACGCCGGCGGCGCUGCUCCUCUGGGUGCUCCUCGCCGCGCACGCGCACGCCCAGUUCAAGAGCAAGCGAGCCAACAACCCCGACAUCCCGGCCACCAGCUUCUCCUGCGUGGGCAGGCACAACGGCUACUACGCGGACGUGGAGACGGACUGCCAGGUGUACCACAUGUGCCUGGACCGGCAGCAGUUCAGCUACUCGUGCCCCAACACGACGCGCUUCCAGCAGCGCAUGAUGGUGUGCGACCACUGGUACCAGGUGGACUGCCCCAGCGCGCCGCUCUCCUACUCGGCCAACCUGCUCAUCGGGCAGCGCGACCGCCUGUUCGUGGAGGACGACGAGCACCGCGCGCUGCACGAGGCCAACGUGCGCACCUCCAAGGGGCUGCUCAAGGGGCUGUCGCAGCCCGCCGCCAACGCCCUGGACGGCGGGGACCGAUUCGAGAAGCUGCCCGCCCCCGCCGUCUCGACGACGCGCGCGCCCUUGGCGGCGCCGCCCCCGCUGCCCUCCUCCGCCCUGGAGCUGCCCUUCGAGGACGACGAGCCGCAGCGCGGCGCCUUCUUCCAGCGCUCGCCCACGUCCAGCUUCGCGCAGGUCUUCCAGAACCUGGUGCAGCAGCCGUCGAGUUCGACGUUUGCACCGCCCUCCAGCACUCCGUCCAGCAUUCCGUCGAGCACGCCGUCGAGCACAACCGCGAGACCGAACUCGAGGUCGUCCUCGCCGAGCCUUUCCUUCACGUUCUCGCCGCCGUCGACCCCCACCCCUCCCCGCUUUUCCAUAUCCUUCAGCCCGUCGCCGUCGUUCCCCGCCAGCGGACACAACCUGCAGCGCCCGGCUCCGUCCGCCCCCAGCGGCCCCGCCUCUAGCGCCCCGGCCCCCAGCGUACCUUCUCCCACUUUUGCUCCGAGCACAUCCUCGCCCACUACUUUCUUUCCCACUGGACCUUCGCCCACGGCGUUCUCCCUAAACGUCCCUACCUCGAAUAGCUUCUCUCCGAGUGCGACGGCCAGCACCUUCUUCCCCAGCGGCCCCUCAUUGAACACGUUCCCCUCCAGCGGCCCCUCGCCGAGCACCUUCCCCUCCGCGCCCGCGACCAACAGCUUCGCCUUCGGCGCUGCGCAGGUGAGGGUGCCGUCCAGGGAGCUGGAGGCGCCCGUGCAGGACUUCCCCGAGCCCGACGGCAACCACCUCCCCUCCGGACCCUUCCCGUCGUCGGCGCCCUCCCCGCCCCCGCCUACCAGCUUCCCGUCCUUCCCCAACACGUUCGUCCCGAGCACCGCUUCGUCGCCGGCCCCCUUUGAGAUGGUUGCCCAGCAGACGUCGUCGUUCGCGGCGCCUUUCCCCCGCUCCGCGGCCGCGGUGCUGCCGGUGCCGCCCUCCCGCGAGCUCACGCCACCGCUCUUUGACAACGGAUUCGGGUCGUCUGCCUCGGGCGCGUCCGCACCUGGGCAGUCCGCUUCCGGGCCGUCGGCGCCCGGUCAGUCCGGCCCCGAGCAGCCGGUGACGGGCGCCUCCGGGGCCGCUGCUUCGGGACCGGGGAGUUUCCCCCGGCCGUUCUCUGCGUUCAACUCGACACAGCGCUUCUCCCUGUUCGCGGCCACCGCCGCCCCCGCGGCCUCCCCCAGUGCCUCUCCCCGCGUGACCCCGCCGUCGAGGGAGCUCGAGGCACCGCUCGAGGAGAGCGAGCUGGACUACAACACCGUCGAGCUCAAGUACCAGGACACCAGGCGCCUCUUCUUCAUCCCCACCGGAGACGCUGGCGGGGACGGCGGCAAGCAGGGUCUGGACGGCGACAACUCGGAGCCCGCUCCCGUUGUGGUCAUCAAGUACCCGUCCAAGUCCACGCGCGGCGUGUCCGGCUCUACCACGCACCUCAAGUCAUACUCCGAGGAGGUCAAGCGGCGCGUCGAUCCCGCGUGUCCGCUCUGCCACCCAGACUUCGUGGUGCCCGGCACCUGCAGCCCCUGUGUGCUGCUGCGCUGAGCCCGAACUUAGCGAGGAGCUUAGCAAGGUGCACAGAAGGCAGACUGCAUCGCGUUUGCAGCAUUACAUACCUUGCAAAACGAAUAAGAAAUUUUACAGUGUGUAAUUCUACUUAACAAAGAAAUGUUACUAGACAUUAUUUUGCUGUUUUUUCCAUCUUAAGAUUCCGAUCAAAAAGUGAUGCUUUCUGUCUAUUGUGUGUGACCUUGUUGAUGACUUUGUUAUUUAUUGAUUUCUUUCUUACUGUGUCUCUUCUUGUAAAUUGUUAUGUCUUGAUGCCAGACAAAAAAAUAGGCCAUGAAAAUGCAACUUACAGUUAACUGAAAAAAUGUAAUGAAAUAUUUAUCUUAAAUGUAUUGAGGGAUCAUUUUAUUUCCAUGAGCAUCAAUCAGAAGACUUUUACCAGGUGUAUGAAUUAUAAAAAUAAUAGGUGUAUAAAGAAAUGUUUAAUAAGUUUUUGUACUAAUGUGUGAAUGUGUGAGAAACUGUAUUGUGUGAUUUCCGACUGUGUAAAUAGUUACAUUAUAUGGAGUAAGUGGAAUAUGACCUUGUUAUGUCCUGUCAAAUUUUUCUCAAAUUACAAAAAGAACAUGUUCAAUUUAUUUAACCUGAAAGUAGCCAACUGUACACUUCAUACUUCCCAGUGAGAAAUGAAAUAUCGGAUUGAUAUCAGAACGAUGUCAUUUGUCAAUUUUCGCAUCACUUCGAUACUGAGAUGGUUCUGAAACUGACACAUAUCUGAUAUUCGAUAUCGUUUCGAUAUCGGUCUGAUAUUUCAUUUCUCACUGGGUUCUGUCCUGUGAUUUAUUGAAAGACAUGAAGAAAAUAGAGCCUGACUUGUACAUUCGCCAUAAACUAUGUGAGUAGUGCUAAAAGAAAGUGUACAUUUAUUUUU